AUGUCGUCCAUGGAUUGUUUAAGCCACUUCUUUAACUGGGAUCCACCUAUCCAGCUCCAGGAUUGCUCUAUCCCCGAUUUGGAUCUGAUUAUCCCGGAAACCAGCAGUUUCUUCUCCCAAACUCAACCGCAACUGCAGUUUCAUCAGCCAUAUUUUCAAGAAGAAGCUCCUUCACAGACCCUUUCAGAGCUCCAUCACCUAGACUCUUUCUGGGACCAGUUUCUUCCUUCCCAAGAAAUUUGUCUCCCUUACCCUAAAACCGAAAUCUUCGACGAAAUACAUGACCUUGAUUCCUUUCUCCACACGCCAAAACGCCAGAUACUCGUUAACUCGAGCUACAGUCACAGCCAUCUCCCAAGCCCUAACUCGAGUUUCUUUCACCCUUACGAUUUCGUUCCAGAAGCUUCUAUCUUCCCGGAGUUUCAAGUUCCGGAUUUCUCCUUACCGUUCACUGUAGGCCGAGGAGAUCAAGGCGACACCAAGAAACCGACGCUUUCUUCUCAGAGCAUCGCAGCUCGAGAGAGGAGAAGAAGAAUUGCAGAGAAGACUCACGAGCUCGGAAAACUCAUCCCCGGUGGCCAGAAACUUAACACCGCCGAAAUGUUCCAAGCCGCCGCCAAGUAUGUCAAGUUCUUGCAGAGCCAAGUUGGGAUCCUCCAAAUGAUGCAGACCGCAAAACAGAGUUCUAAUGUGGAGAUCGAAACUCAGUUUUUGCUUGAAUCGCAAGCAAUCCAGGAGAAGCUAUCAACUGAGGAGGUGUGUUUAGUGCCGAGAGAAAUGGUUAAAGAUUUAACAAAUGAAGAAUCCAUUUGGAGAAACCCUAAGAUUUCUCGAGAGAUCAAUAAGUUGCUGUCUACAGAUCUGGCCAACUAA